AUGACUUCUUACGACGGUCCGAGUGCAGUUUACAUUAGCGAAGACGAAUACAACGAAGCGGAGGAAUACUAUGACGUUACGCCGGAGCACCGACAGAGGACGACAUCACGUGAAGCGGAUUCUCCAGCUUCUUCCCACCAAUCACGUUCGUCUCUGAAGUCACGUGACCGUCCCCAAGGGUGGAGUCUUCAGUCAUUAUAUACAAGACUUAUGAAGACAUUUCACCGAGCGUGGAAAGAAGUUAGAUUUAGCGACCACGACCCGGACGACAUCGAGCUGAACGUCGUGCGCUACAAGCCGGACGGGAUCGACGCUCUCGCCAGGACCACCAAGUUCAGCAAGAAGGACCUUCAGCUGAUCUACAGGGGAUUUAAAGCCGAGUGUCCCAAUGGCUUCGUCAGCGAGGAGACCUUUAAAGGGAUCUAUUCUCAGUUCUUUCCUCAAGGAGAUGCAACGGCCUACGCUCAUUACGUAUUCAACGCGUUUGACGUCGAGCAACAAGGAUCGAUCAGUUUUGAGGAGUUCGUGACGAUCCUGUCGGAGCUGUCGCGGGGCAGCGUGACGGAGAAGCUGCGCUGGGCCUUCAACCUGUACGACAUCAACGGCGACGGAUACAUCACCAAGGAGGAGAUGCUGGACAUCGUGACGGCCAUCUACUCGCUGGUCGGCCGCAACGCCAUCCCCGCCGUCGAGGAGAACACCACGCAGGAGCACGUCGACAGGAUAUUCGAGAAACUCGACAUCAACGGAGAUGGAAUGGUGACUCUCGAUGAAUUUAUGGAAAUAUGCACACAGGACGAGACCAUCGCCAACUCGCUGACGAUCCUGGACACGAACUUCUGA